AUCCCUCCACUCUGCUCCCCCUCUCUCCACUCACUUCUCGCGCUCGCAUACUGCUGCUGCCGGCCACUGCUGCUGGAGUACAGAGUACAGGCUGAAACAAAGAGCGAGAGAGAGCGAGAGAAAGAGAGAGAGAGAGAGAGAGUGGAGGACCAAGAGAAGGAGAGAAAGAGAAGGAAGAGGGAGGAAACGGACUGCUCGCCGACUUUCAGACAGCUGGGAGGACGCAGAGCGCGAGAGGAGAGGACCGAAGUGUGUGUGCGUGUGUGUGUGUGUCGCCGUUUCAAACAUGAACUUUGAACAGGAGUUCUGAGGUGAGCUCUGUGGUCUUCCCUGCCUUCUCUAACCUAGAACACAAGUCCAAAGCCACCCCCCAAUAGUCAACAGACUGCAGAUGGAGGUGGACUCAGCUGAGAAGCGCCUGAGGACCCGAUCCAAAGGAGUGCGAGUUCCUCUGGAGGCUACUGCCCAGGACAUCUUCAGUUGUCCCACGCCUGGUUGUGAUGGAGGAGGGCACGUGAGUGGGAAAUAUGCCCGGCACCGCAGUGUGUACGGUUGUCCUCUGGCUAAGAAGAGGAAGAGCCUAGAGAGGACCUCCCUGGAGCCAGUGACCAAACGGCCAGAUCUCCACUACAGCCGACCAAUGGAGGAGGGGAACCUGGGGGAACUUGAUGAGGAAGAGGAGGAUGAAGAAGAAGAGGAGGAAGUAGAGAGAGAAGAGGGACAGGAAGUGGAAGCUGAUGACGAAGAGGAGUUCUCUGAGGAAGAGGAGGAGACAGGGGAGAUGGAGGAGGAGGAAGAGGAAGGAGACGAAGAGUACGAGGAUGGAGAGAUCGAGGGAGAGCUGGAGGGAGAGAUGGAGGGAGAGGUAGAGGGAGAAGAGGUGGAGCAGAUGGAGGAUGAUGAGGAUGAUGACAACAGUGAAGAGGAAGAGGAUGAGAAUGAAGAAGAUGAUGAUGAUCAUGAGGAAGAUGAAGAGUUCUGUGAUCAGGGUCACACCCAAGAGAGCUGUUACACAAAUGGCGGACAAUCACACGUAGAGAAGGACGUGGACACCAACAACAACAGUGGCGUCGUCGGGGCGACCGGCCCCAACCCGGCCAACGGCGAGGAGUACGAGAACUACGACGAGCUGGUGGCCAAGUCGCUGCUCAACCUGGGCAAGAUCGCCGAGGACGCCGCCUACCAGGCCAUGACUGAGUCGGAGAUGAACAGCAACUCCUCCAACAGCGCCGAGGAGGACGACGAAGACCACGACGAUGAUGACGACGAUGACGAUGAUGACGAGGCGGGGGUUGGGGGCCGUAAGAACGGCGCCCUCAGCGUCGACCUGGACAGCGACGUGGUACGGGAGACGGUGGACUCCCUCAAGCUGCUGGCCCAGGGCCACGGCGCCGUGCUGCCCGAGGAAGGCUACCCACAUGCGGCCACCGCAGGCGACGGGGGUGGGGGUGGCGCUGGUGGUGGUGGAGGUGGUGGAGGUGGUGGGCCUGCAGGGGAGGAGACUCAGGAAGAGGAGUGCCUGAGUAGCCUGGAGUGCUUGCGCAACCAGUGCUACGACCUGGCGUGCAAGCUGAGCGAGUCGCAGCUGCCCACGCCUGACCACGCGUCUCUCCCCCAGCAUCAGCACCAGCAGCAACAUCAUCAUCAUCAGCAUCAACAGCAUCAACAUCAGCAGCAGCAGCAGCAUCAGCACCACCACCACCUCCAGCACCUGCAGCCCGGGGGCCCAGACAGCCACGGCCUCCCGCCACAAAUGCACCUGUACGGGGCAGGCAUGCUGGCAGAGCAGCCUCAGCACCACCAGCAGCAGCAGCAGCAGCAGCACCACCACCACCAGCAGCAGCACCAACCCCUGGAGCGUAGCUACUCGGACAUGGUCAACCUGCUGAAGCUGGAGGAGCAGCUGAGUCCAGUGUCCCACGGCAGCGGUGGCGGCGGAGGAGGAGGGGGGGGCUACGGGGCGGUGGUGCCGCAGCCGCCGCCCGACGAGGACACCACCUCGGUGACAUCCGAGCGCUCGGACGAGGCCUACGACAUCACCAAGGGCAACCUGACGCUGCUGGAGAAGGCCAUCGCGCUGGAGUCGGAGCGCGCGAAGGUGAUGCGUGACCGCUCCGCCUCGGAGCAGGGACCGCUGGGACGCAAGGACCACCACCACCACCACCACCAUCACCACCGCGGGCAUGGGCAUGGUGAGCACAGCCCCCGACAGAGCAGCGGAGCAGAGGAGAGGAGGGCACGCAUGCACCAUGAGGGGGCCAAGAGGGCCUACUACAGCAAAGAUUCUUCCAGAGGGGAGAAGAAGGAGAGCAAGUGUCCGACUCCAGGGUGUGACGGAACAGGUCACGUGACCGGGCUGUACCCACAUCACCGCAGCCUGUCCGGGUGCCCACACAAGGACCGUGUGCCACCAGAGAUUCUCGCUAUGCACGAGAACGUUCUAAAGUGUCCCACGCCUGGCUGCUCGGGGCGGGGGCACGUUAAUAGCAACAGGAACUCGCACCGCAGUCUCUCGGGGUGCCCCAUCGCCGCUGCGGAGAAAAUGGCCAAGGUCCAGGAGAAGCACCAGGGCAGCGACGGGUCCAAGAGCAGCCAGGCUUCUGACCGCGUGCUCAGGCCUAUGUGCUUUGUGAAACAGCUGGAGAUCCCUCAGUACGGUUACAAAACUAACGUCUCCACUAGCACGCCCCGCUCCAACCUGGCCAAGGAGCUGGAGAAGUACUCCAAGACCAGCUUCGACUACACACAGGGCUACGACGCCCAGCAGCACCCCUACGGCAAGAGAGCCCUGGCGCCCAAGACCCAUGGCCGUGACACCUCACCCAAGGGAUACGACGCCAAGCGCUACUGUAAGACGGCCAGCCCAGCAAGCAGCACGAGCAGCAGCUACGCUCCCAGCAGCAGCAGCAGCAGCAGCGGAGGAGGAGGAGGAGGAGGAGGAGGAGGGCUGGGCUGUGGAGGAGGAGGUGGAGGUGGAGGUGGGGGAGGAGGAGGGGGAGGUGGCGGUGGCCGAGGAGGAGAAGGGGGUGAUGGCAGCAGCGCCAGCAGCACCUGCAGCAAGAGCAGCUUCGACUACACGCACGACAUGGAGGCGGCGCACAUGGCCGCCACCGCCAUCCUCAACCUGUCCACCCGCUGCCGCCAGAUGCCCCAGGGCCCACAGGAGAUGCUCCCGCAGAGCCCUGAUGAUGACGAUGUGGGCGGCGGAGGCGAUGACCAGCGGCGGGGUUCUGGGGGUGCGGGCGGAGGCGGCGAGCCGACGGUCCUGACUCCCCUGGAGCCCAUGUCGCCCCAGCGUCAGGCCCUGCUCAACAGCCGCGGCUACCAGAUGGGCACGGCCGACUGCUGGGACCUCCCGCUGGACUACACCAAACUCAAGCACCUGGACCAGGAUGGACACAAGGAGCCCGAUGACCUUGACCCUUUCCAAGACCUUCUGGAUGAGCCCCAAUAUCCUGGAGAGGUGACCAUGCCCAGUCCGAAACACAAAUACAACCCCUGCAAGGAGGCCAAGAAAGAGAUUAUCACCCUCUCCAGCUGCCAGCUGGCAGACAAAGGCAUCCGGGGCGUGAUGUCUGCAUCCAACUCACAAGAUCUGAAGUGCCCUACUCCAGGCUGUGAUGGCUCAGGCCACAUCACAGGAAACUAUGCCUCUCACAGGAGCAGUCUGUCGGGCUGCCCUAGAGCAAAGAAAAGUGGUAUCAAGAUUUUGCACAGCAAGGAAGACAAGGACGACCAGGAGCCAAUCAGGUGUCCAGUCCCUGGGUGUGAUGGGCAAGGUCAUGUGACUGGGAAGUACGCCUCGCACCGCAGUGCCUCGGGGUGCCCCCUGGCGGCCAAGCGGCAGAAGGACGGGCUGGUGAACGGUGCCCAGUUUGCCUGGAAGUCUGGAAAGACAGACGGCAUGUCCUGCCCCACUCCGGGCUGCGACGGCUCUGGGCAUGUCAGUGGGAGCUUCCUGACACACCGGAGUCUGUCAGGCUGUCCACGUGCCUCAUCAGCAAUGAAGAAGGCUCGCAUGACUGGGGUGGAGAUGCUGACGCUCAAACAGAGGCCCAGUAAAGGAAUAGAGAAUGAUGAAGAGAUCAAGCAGCUGGAUGAAGAAAUCAAAGAUCUGAACGAGUCCAAUCAUCAAGUGGAGUCAGACAUGAUUAAACUGAGGACACAGAUCACCACCAUGGAGACCAACCUGAAGUCCAUCGAGGAGGAGAACAAGGCCAUCGAGCAGCAGAACGACUCUCUGCUCCAUGAGCUGGCCAACCUCAGCCAAUCGCUCAUCAACAGCCUCGCCAACAUCCAGCUGCCACACAUGGUGAGAGACAACACACAGUCUCUACACAUGACCACGCUGCCCCAGAAAGAUGUGCCUGUUAGACAUAGCUGCUGUUUACAGACGGCCCAAAGAGAGCCUAUGAACGAGCAGAACUUUGACACGUACGUGGACACGCUGACAGACAUGUACACGCACCAGGACCAGUACCAGAGCCCGGAGAACAAGGCGCUUCUGGAGAACAUCAAGCAGGCCGUGCAGGGCAUCCACGUGUAAGGGUGGGGGCCCUCCUGAACUAACCAAUGGCUGAAGCCGUCACUGAGUCUGAUGGCAGCGUCACCCAAUCAAAUUCAAACAUGUUGAGCAAAACAACAUGAAAAAAAAAGAUACAAGGGAAGAGGACGCAGAGGAGACGAGACAGAUGUAACAUUUAUGGAUCAUUAUUUUAUGGCUGUAAUUUAUCUAAUAAUUUUUGCAUUAUGAACAGUGCUGAUACGCUCUCAAAAUUCCAUAACUAUGAUUUAAUGCCUUGCUUUAAAUGUAAUUACCAAUUGUGGCACUUGUUUUAAACAGCAUUCAUAUUUUGUACAUUUUCAUAUGACCUGACAUAAUGUGAUGUAAUGUUUAUAGCUGCUAAUUAAUGUAUGCACAUUUUAGUGUAUAUGUGUGUUAUUUUAAAAGAUUAUUGACUAAAUGACAGAUCUUGAAAUGUGCAGUAGGGUGGAAUGUUACAGGCUGAGAGUGCAAGGAGCAGUGUUUCAUAGAACCUUUUUUUCCUUGGGAAAACAUGUCUGUGUAUAGGCUGUUUGGUGGUUGUAUAUUUAUACGUUUUGUAAAAACAGAAAAAAGUAAAAAAAGUCAUGAGUGUCCGAGGAAGGCUGUAGGGUCGGAGGAGAAUCCUGUCAGUGGUCAUGCAGGUUCCCUGUGGUCAUGCAGUGUGGCUUUGACAACCCAGAAGAGAUUAGAAAUAAAACCAAACUAUAUAUGAUUGCAAACAUCAUGACACGGAAACUUAUUGGUGUGUAUCCCAUAAACUAGAGUAAGACUGUAACACAUGAGAAAUAUGUUAACUGUUUUGUGGUUUUGAAAUUUCCCAUUCAGACAUGGUCUGAAUAUUAAAUAGACAAUCCAGCAUUUUAACCAUUUAGCUAUAUGGUCAAAAAGUUCAACAGAAUAUUAGCAAUAUGUGACAAUGACUCAAUCAUAUCCUUAGAUAUGGGAUGCAAAUAUUUGGGUAUAUGCAAUUUCAUAUUUGUGAGCGGUACCCGUUAAAAACGAGUGCAUUUUUACUAACUGUAAAGAAUUGUUUUUUUUUUGUAUGGACCUUUCUACAAUCAUAUUUCGAGAAUGAAACACCAAUGGUCGAUUCCAAAAUGAGAGAGGUUUCAUUGCUCUCCAUGUCAGGGUCACCCUGGUUUCCAUGUUCUGAUGUUUUAGUUUAUGUAUGUAUGUAUGUAUUUAUUUAUUUAUUUAUCUAUUUAUUUAGCUGUUGUGGGGUUUUUUUUGUAUGCACUGACAAAGAGAGACUAAGUUAGUGAUGGGGGUGAAGAUGUUGUAAUGAUGUAAUCAGUGGACUGGAUAUACAGGGUUUAUACCUCUAGCGUGUGACUGCACUUGUCCUUCUCCUGUACAUAUACUCAACCAACCAAUCACUCUGCUUACGAGUCUGCAUAGAACCAGGAAGAAUCCAGGCCCCAGCCCAAGUCACCUUUUUGACUUCAGUGGAAAAGUCUGACUCCAACAGAAAGUAAAGUCAGAACAGCAAACGGCUGGGCUUCUGGUCAAGGAUUGGUUCUUCAUAGACUGAUACAUACAUACUGAUGGUUCCAUCAUUGCUAAAAACAUUAUGGCUGCACUUUAACCUCAUACAAACCAGUGUGACACGGGGACUUCUAAAAACUGUAUGAAAUACCACACUCACAGUACAUGAACAUUACUUUAAAUCACUUCAACUGGUGUAACGUUAUUUUUGUUUUUAAAUACUUUUCACAUACAUUUGUUGUGUUAUUCAAGUCUCAUUUUGAUAUGACAAUCUUCAUUUUUUCAUUCCAACUUUACUGCGAGCCUUUUGGCAAGGUGUAUAGGCUCAGGCUAAAACGACCCACCCAUUCAGUAAAUUGUGUGCUCACGGCACCAUUGUGAAAUGCAUUUGGAUGGUUUCCAGUCAAAUGUGCAACAUUGCAACUGUACAAAGUCAUUGUUCAGAAGUCAUUGAAUGUCCAUGGUAGCUCCUGUUCAACCACAAUAGUACAAUCAUAUCCAAUAUUUUGACUGAUAAACGGACGGUGCUGAGACUGCAAGUCAUGAGAAUAUACAAAUGUUCUGCUGUUUGAUAAAUGAAAAAGUAAAUGUGUAUGUGCAACAAAGAGGA